AUGAGCGACGAGAACAGCAGUGAGGUAUUCACGCGGAUCAAGACCCAUUUUCCGCCUGCCAAAAUCAAGAAAAUCAUGCAGACUGACGAGGAUAUCGGAAAAGUGUCACAGGCGACGCCCGUGAUUACGGGCCGGUCGCUGGAGUUUUUCAUUGCCAUGCUUGUGAGCCGUAGCGGCCUUGUUGCCAAAGAGAUGGGGUGUAAACGCAUCAGCGGUGACGUGAUGAAGAAGACGAUAAUGACGGACGAGAAGUUUGAUUUUUUGCGGGAGAUGAUGUGCGGGAACGGUGCAGAGAAGAAAUCGGACUCUGAGGAGUGA